AUGAAGAAAGCGAUGGUGCUGCUGGCGACGGAGCCGGCGGAGAGGGACGCGAAGCUGGCGAGGGAGGCCCUGGGCAGGCGGGGCGACGACAGGGACGCGUGGGUGCUCAUCGAGGCCGCCUGCGCCGCCACGCCGGACCACCUCCUCAGGAAGGUGGGCGUCGCCGCCUGCCCUGCGUUCCAAGAACCGCUCAGGAAGCUGCUGGUGAGCCUGGUGAGGUCGUACCGGUGCGCGGAGGGGAGCGUGGACAUGGCCGUGGCGAAGCAGGAGGCCGCGCAGCUGGCGGAGGCCAUCCGGAGGAAGAAGCAGCCGCACGGCGGCGAGGUCGUCCGGAUCGUGAGCACCAGGAGCAAGCCGCAGCUCGCCGCCACGUUCCGGUGCUACAAGGAACAACAUGGCAGCGACAUCGAAGAGGACAUGAAGCAGUACAGCAGCAGCCAGUUUGCGAGGAUGCUCAAGAUUGCUGUCUGGUGCCUCACAUCUCCUGAAAAGCACUUUGCAGAGGUUAUCAGGUACUCCAUCUUAGGACUUGGAACAGACGAGGACGCGCUCACCAGGGCGAUCGUGUCCAGGGCCGACAUCGACACGAAAAAGAUCAAGCAAGAGUACAGGGUAAGAUUCAAGACGACGGUGACGGACGAUGUCGUCGGUGAUACCUCGGGGUAUUACAUGGAUAUCUUGCUGGCCUUGGUAGGGAAGGAGUGA